GGUCAGUAUAGGCCAUCUGACCUGUUGUGUCCUGAGACGUAUGUCUGGACGCCUAUUGAACAGUGUCUGCCCCUGCUUGAGCAUUCUAAAUACUGUCGUUUCAACCAGGAUGUAAAAGCAGUUGAUGAAGGUCAUGUUAAGGAGCUGGGCAGAGUUAAAGUUCUUCACAAGAGAACCAUAAUGCCUUACAGUGUGUAUAAGAAAAGAAGGAAGGGGCCAAGUGAUGAAGCCAGUGUUCAGCAAUAUGCAAGUUUGGUCGGACAGACCUGUUCAGAAAGAAUGUUGCUGUUUAGAAGUUGAAAAAGUCAUUAAA